ACCCAAUUUAAUCUCUUUCCUUUCCUUUCCAAAUUUUUAAUCAUCCUCUCCACCAAAUACCCCAUUUUAUUUUUCCCAUGCCUUGUCCAUCCUUUUUCUAAAACCUUGCAUAAUAACAUAUACCGUCUUAUUUUCCCUGUGGCAAAAGUUAUCACACACACACACUCCCAUUUGAUGACCUUUGUAAAAUCAUUCAUUCCACUCGUUAUCGCAACAAUCGUGUAUCACCUCGGUUUUCUCGAUGGUGUUGACACGUUCACUCGUUUAGUCGACUCACUCGUCAUUGCUUUCAUUGUCGUGGCUUCUGCUGAUCGACUCUAUGAAAGUAUACGUCAAUCGUUUUUUGCUUCUUCCUCUUUGUCAAAAGACAAGCAGCAGAAGGAGCGGGUUACUGUCCCACCCCAUUCUAAUUACAAUACCACGAAGCGUGACACUAUUCCCACGGAAACUGUCGAAAGUGAGAACAUUCUUGAGACGUCGGCCGACAAUGGCAUUCAUCAAGCGCACAGCGCCAACCUCAGUACCUCGAGUGAAAUUCAUGGCACUGCCAUGACUACGGCUUCCGACGAAUGCACUACUAUCACCGACAAUGACGGCUUGAAAGUAGUGAGUCAUCAUCACUGCAGCAGCAGCAGCAAUAGCAGCUCUCCAUUACCACGCGAUCCUCUCGAUAACCAUACCUUUGAAACAAUAUUACCAUCCAUCAAUAACGACAACCAACCCGAGCUCGCCUUGUUACCGCCUAACCAAAGACUUUUCAAAGAAGAAGAAGAAACUGGGGCUGACGACGACGACGACGACGACGAUGACGGUGUGAGCGCACUACCACCAUUACCAUCCAUAGGCGCCCCCUCUUGUCAUUUUUCACCACGACCCACGUUAUCCUUCUCGACACCAUUGCGACGCCAUACCGUGGAUGAAUGGAUGAUGCCGCAAGCACCAAACACUCCACCGCCAAUCCUUUCACCAUCACUGUCGAUGAGUUCUGCAGGCAGUUUUGACUAUGACUUGGUCAGUCUUCGACGACGCCCUUCACGUGUAGAGGAAAUGGUGAAACAAUUUGAUCGACCUCAUCCUAACAAGAACAAGAGCAACAAGGGUGGUGGUGGUUCCAGCAACAAAUAUCGGCGAUAUAGUAUUGGGGGUACCAACAUGGCUGAUGAAAAACGUCAUCAUCAAGCAUCAUCCCCAUCAGGACGAACAAAACCCUACAUACGUAAUCGUACGUUUGGCUUUAAACCUAUAAUUGGUGUAUGGGAAAAGAGGAUCGAGUUGGAGGAAGAGAUGAUGAAGCAAGUAGUGUAGUAUCAAUGAGUAGUAGUAGUAGUACCUUUUUUGGGGGGUUUCCUCGUGAAAUGAUGUAAAUUUUCUGACAAGUCUGACGCAAUAUCGUGUGCUUAUACCACGAGUUCUUUCUUGCCCAUUGUUUUUUAUUUUCUCUUUGUUGUUGUUUAAGAAAGAGUAAAAGAAGGGAUCAGCA